UGACGUACAGAGUUCUGAGUUCGGAACGGUUCUGUUUAACGGAGCAUCGAAUUGACUUUGGAACGGAAUUCGAACCUUGCGUCAUUAAAUAAAAGUACAAACUUUUCACAAUAGCGUCCCAUUCACAUAUGUAACUCAAUACUACGUACGUAAUUAGCCACUACAAUAACUAUGGCUGAAUCUCGUAUUGUUCCACGAGAAAAGGUUUACCAGCAAAUUUUUGCUGCUCAGGCUCACUUGUCACUGUCUCUUCAUGAGGGGAAGAGGAGGAGGGAUGCUGCACAUGCAGGUUGUUUGAGUGAGGACAACACCAUUUGUGGAAACACAGGUACUGGAAACCUUCUGCCUCCUCUAAGCAGUCAAAAUGGGGAUGAGCAGUGCUCUGAGGACAUCACGAGAAACCAGCUGUUUUCAGGAACAAAGCCUGUAUUAAGUAUGGACCAGGAUGAUCAGAUGAUGAUUAGAGGACUGCCUGACAGAGUUGUUUCUAUAAAGACCGACUCAGACAUCAUUGAGCGGCUCAUGGAGAAAAGACAAACGGACCACACAGAAGCUGUCACUCAGUUUCAGAUGGAUCUUAUUGAGCUCAGUGUGGGGUUUGAGUCUUUGUUAAUAGACACUGGAGAAGAUUUCCUUCUCAAAAUCUCAGAAUAUGAUGAGGAAGUGGAGAGACUGAUGCAGAAAACAGAACACAGUGGAGAUUUAAUAGCCUUCAGCUAUCAGGAUCUACAUGAGAUUUGGACCUCUGUGAGCCAUAAAUCUGCUAUGAGGAGAAAUUGUAUCCAGGAGUUGGAUGAGCUCUUUGUCAAAUAUGAGAGUGAAAGAGCAGCAGUGAUCACUGCAAUCCUAAGCAAAUACACAAAAAAGCUUGAAAAAAUCAGUUAUGUUAUGCCAAGUGAUGUCCACAGACUUAUUAAUAAUGAAGCUAUGAUGAUAAAUCAGGCAUUACUGGCCAACAGACGAGCUGUUGCAAAAUUGCAUUUGAACCUGAUGGAGAAGAAUUUGCAGAAAGAGGUUCAGUGCCAUUUCAGAUGGGAGACAAAUCUUCAGAACUGGAAAAAAAUCAAGGCCGUCGCUGAACUUAGCCAGUUUAAAGACUUUAUGAACAGCCCUGAGACUCAAAACCUUAAAAAUGUACAAGAGACUUUAAACACCAUGCGGACAAAACAAAAAGCAUACAGCAAACAGCGCCUCAACAUCCUGGAGCAAGUCAGAAAUAUGACCCCACCAAACUGUUCAAAGUCAUUAGCUGCUGAAUGGUACUCCUCUUUAUCUUCGGUGAAUGAGCAAAUUGAUUUCACGCACACAGAGACCAUGACAAAACUGCAUGAAUAUUAUGAGAGUGCCUGGCAAGACUGUUACCUGGAAGUUGGACGCUUUGAGAGUAAAGUGUCUAGCUAUGGAGUCACCUCAGAUGAGAUACAGCACAUUGUUAAUAGUGAGAUGGUGCCUCUUAUUGGCAAGUGCCAGACUCAAGCAGAGGAGCAUUUACAAGCAAUGAAAAAAACAUUUGAGGCUUUGUCCAAAACUGCUGCAUUCUUGAGUAAGUUUUUGUUCGAGUUUGUGCAUGGAGCAGCUAACGUUUGGGAGGUACACAGUGCACAUCUGCAGGGGGUAGAGCAGCAGCUGCAGGAUUCUCUCAAAGAAGUCAGCAAGAACUUUGAAGAAAAGAAUCAAAAAAAAGAGGCUCAGCUGGAUGUGAUGAUGGACAAACUCAGGCAGGGAAGCACAGAGAAUUCCCUCAAAACUAGAAUGGAGCAGAUCCUUCACCUUUUAGAGGAAAUUAAAGAAGGGUGUACCAAUUUCUAUAAGGAAGGAGUUCAUAGAGUGGAGAGUUAUCCUGAAAUGGUCCUUAAAGAAAUACAUGCAUACAGCAUAGCAGUCAGUCAGUACUUCAAAGUCAAUGAAGUAUACAGUCAGGAACCUGAGGAGCUUCAGAUACUUUAUCCUGCACUUAUCACCAGUAAGUUAGAGAUAUCUUGUAUAAAGAAGACAUCACCCUCAGUAAGUUUGUGCCCCAGCAUUUUCAGGAAUGUUACUCCUCAAGCACACACUCCUGAUUUUUGUUCACCCUUCUCUCCAUCAUGCUGUUUCUUUUUUGUUUUCUAGGAGAAUAUUGAUUGUCUCUCACAGGAGAACAGAGACUCUCCAAACAAAGAAUUUUUCACAACAUUAAAGGGAAAUGUCUACAGCUGCCUUGUCAUACAUGAUGAUGAUGAUUAUGAUGAUGAUGAAGAACAUUUGAAUGCUAUGGAAGUGGAAGCGGCUUUGUUUCCAAAAAGUCUCAUAGUUGAAUUGCAAAGAAAUGUGAGAGAGGAAUUCUUUAAUCACCUUGAGGAGAGGAAUCAGGAAAUUCUGAAUCACACAGUGACCAUUUUGGAAGCUACGAAAGAGAAGCUGAAGGCUGAACUAGACCUCCGCAUCCAUCUCCAUCAAUCUCGAGCUAAGAGCAUUGAAAUGGACGUUCACAAUGUCCGAGCAGCUGAAUUGAUCUUGCAUCAAGAUCGUGUGGAUAGACACUGCAACGGUGUUCUACAGGCUCUUGCUGAUUUGCGAUCUGACUUCAACAGCUUCCAGGUCACACAGCGCGAAAUAAAUGAAAACUUUCGUACAAAAAUCUACAGCAUGGAAGACACAUUAUACACUGCUACCAAGUCUGACAUGCUGGUAAAACUCAGGGCUUCACUACAAAUCCACUUGGAAAAACAUAUCAGUAUAAACCAGGAAUUACAGAGGCAGUUUAGACAAAAUCUGGAGAUCAGAUUAAAGGGUCUUAGAGAGGCCAAUGCAAAAUUAAUGAAACAUUUCAAGCUGUUUGCUGAAGGUGGUAAUUUUACCCCCGAAGAGAUUGAGCAAUACAGAAAGCAUCUGGAAAAGAUGGCUAAGCACAUUGACACAGCUGAUGCGGCUCUAAUGCAGGACAUGGAGGGCACAGAGUCUAAAUGCCUGGACAAGGCAAAAGAGGUCAUCAGUAAGUUUGAAGAGAAGCUCCAGUCUCUGAAAGUGGAUCUAAUGUUCCUGGAGAAAAUCCAAAGAGUACUCAAAAGCACAAAACUGCAGAUUAAGUCAGAGGCCAUGAAGAGCAACACUCACAAAAAAAUUAUCGACACUGUGAUGAAUGAACUGAAAGAGAGGGUCCAUGCCUACACCCAAAGCAGUCUGGAUAACAGGGUAACAUCUGGUGACAUUUUUAGUUCCCUGAUAGGAGAACUCAGAAAGAGAAGUCAGUAUCUGGACUGUUAUUUGAACCCAUCUACGGCUGUUCCACUACCUGACGCUCCUCUGCAGGGGGUGUUUGCGCUGGCUACACGGUCCCAUAGGCAGGGAAUGAGGGGCAGCCCUUCUGCAGAUCCCCUUCUCCAGCCCAGCUGCAUGGGAGCUGACUUUUUAGAUGACAAGGCAGUAGAGGUGAUCAGAGGACUGCAAAGGAUAAGCAAACCUCAAGCUUGCCAAGAGGCCAGUGAGGAGCUUAAAGAGACAAACUUGUCAACAGUAACAGCUCCUGACCAUCCAAGCCCUCCACCAGGUCCAGGUCAAAGGUCAGGGAAAAACAGAAACCCGUCCAGCUUAAGGUCUCUGCACAGGAAAUCAGAUGAGUCACUCAACUUACAGAAUGUGAAGAGGCUGACCAUGCCCACACGAUUUGAUGAAAGAUUCCAAGUGUUUGGUCCUAAACCUGAUGAUCAAAAAGAAAUGGUCACUUUUAAGGGCUUCAUCGCUAAAAUUCUGUGGGAAGCUAAUGACCUUCUCCUUCAGGUGGCUGAGGAAUUCUACCAGAAAACGGAGUACCGCUUGUUCAGCCGUCCUCAGUAUAUUCUGGAAUCAUUUGAGCUGUGUGCUGAGGACUUGAACAAGAGACUCCUUGUCUAUCAGAGCCAGUCUCAUGAGUACCACCAUGGCUGUGUACAAGAGUUCUGUAAGCAGUUGAAAGCCAUUGAGGAGAUUGUCUGUGAUAUACCUAAAGCGCUUCUAACAAAACUGAGGGAUCAGCAUUUGGAGGACCUGAGCAAGAGUUUGUCUCUCAUCCGUCAGCAGUUUAAACAGACUCAGCAACAAAGUGAUCAACAGAGGAGAAAACACAGUGGUCAGCUGUCUGUACGUCUGAGCCACCCGGCUUGUGAAGAAGAACUGAACAGGCUGGUUACAGCUGAGGAUGACAGGCAGGAGGAACAGAGGAAGGCUAUUGAGAAUAACAGACUGGAACUCCAGGCCUGCAUUAAGAAGAAUGCAGUUGAGUUUGUGACUGCACUUGCCACAUUGACAGAGAGUUUACUCUUCCAGUUUGACAACAUACUGACUGUCGAUGAGAUCCAAGGUGGAUCAGUAGAACCACAGCGGGAAAGCAUCACAAAACUUGUUCGUCGAACACAAGCAGGUACUCUACAGGAGGAGCAUGAUAAGAGACAUUUAUUGGCGAGAGGGAGCAGAACAUGGCCAGGCAUCAGUUACUUUGGAACCACCGAUGGCUCAUCUGUCAAGCAACAGAAACAAAAGACCACCACCAUCACUACAGCUAAAACUACAUUGGCACAGCUUAAGGUUAUGGAGGUUCGAAAUGCACUGCAUCAGAAUUAUGAGCAGAGAAUCAUGGGGGAGUUUGAGUACGUGGAGAAAUUCAGGCAGGAACAGGAGGCAGAGAUGUUCCAUUGGCAAGAGCACUGGAGAGAAGAACUGAAGACCCUUGCUACACUCAAAGCAGAAUGACUGCGAGGGACUAGCAAACCUUCUCAAAUGUAUAUGUGGUGACAAUAAAGGCUUCUAUGCCCCAAUUUCAUUA